CCGUCAUUGACCAUGGCUGGGGGAUUGGUUGUUUUGAUUGGAAGUAUUUUCAGGCGGUUUUUACACGGCCAAAAUGUACUGCGUUCCAAACCGCGACAGCCUCACUAAUGCAAUGGCAGUCAUAACCGACGUGCUUCCAGCUUCAAAGCGGCCUGUCUUUUUAGCCUGUUUUGGCGGGGGUAUUCGACCCACCAUUUGAUGGUUCAGGACAGUGUCAGGGGAGGUACGCAAAGGCUAACGCAGGAGGACCAGUUGCCGGUUUCGGUGCUGGUUGCUCAUGGAGUCACGAAUUCCACAUUAAAUUUUUUCGUCCCCUCCAAGUCCAAGCCCAGGCAUCCCAAACAGCGAGCCUGCGCAGAGCGUACCCGGGAGUAUAUCUCCUCCACCUCCGCCUCCUCGCCCUUGCGCCGCUUCUCCUUGCGCCCGGCACAAAUACUUGAUGGUACCGCAGGUGCGGUGCCCCUCCCUCGCCCGCCCCUGCCGUUGCGUGGACCGAGCUCCAUCCUGCUAGGUCGAGCCCGAAGCGCGGCUUUUGGGAAUUGCAUCUCCUCUCUCCCGUCCGUCCUCGCAGUGCGCGGUGCUUGCAGUGCUUGUAUUGCUUUCAAUUGGCAGCUGAACGACCCCGAGUCCUCGUCUGCGGCCGCCGAUUGCCUCUCCCCGACCGCCCUCCCCCUCAGCGACCGAGGACCCCCCGUGCAAAAUGCUCCCCGCAGGUGCCCUCCGCGCCGGCGUGCGCCAAUGCGUGCGAAUCGGACACCUCCCCAAGCGGUCUCUGCCAUCGUGCUCGCGAGCCCUGCCCCGACUGACGGCAGCCCUCGCCGCCCGCCGCUCCAUAUCGGCCUCGGCCCCCGCCCUGACCACGGACCUCAGCACCAGGGGAAUAGUCGUCCAGGCUAUCAGCAGCGUCGCCUCCAAGCGCGAAGUCCAGCAGUACCUGUCGCUCUUCACCUCGGUCGAGUCCCAGAAGUUCGCCGUCAUCAAGGUCGGCGGCGCGAUCCUCACCGACUACCUCGACGAGCUCUGCAAGGCCCUAGCCUUCCUCUACCAGGUCGGCCUCUACCCCGUCAUCGUCCACGGUGCCGGGCCUCAGCUCAACAAGCUCCUGGAGGAUGCUGGCGUCGAGCCCCAGUUCGAGGAGGGCAUCCGCGUUACCGACGCCAAGACCCUGGCUAUAGCUCGUCAGCUCUUCCUCGAGGAGAACCUCAAUUUCACCAAGAGGCUGGAGGAGUUUGGCGUUAAUGUUCGCCCUGCUACCGCCGGUGUCUUCUACGCCGACUACCUGGACAAGGAGAAGUGGGGCUUCGUUGGCAAGAUCACAAAAGUCAACACCGACAUCAUCGAGGGUGCUAUUAACCGCCGAUGUCUGCCCGUCUUGACCUCGCUGGCCUGGACCCCUGAGGGGCAGCUGCUCAACGUCAACGCCGAUGUCGCAGCCGCCGAGCUGGCCAGAGCUCUCGAGCCCCUGAAGGUCGUCUAUCUCUCCGAGAAGGGCGGUCUCUUCAACGGCGAGAAGGACAAGAUCUCGGCCAUCAACCUAGACGAAGAGUUCGACUGGUACAUGUCGCAGGAGUGGUGCAAGUACGGCACUCGUCUUAAGAUCAAGGAGAUCAAGGAGCUGCUCGACACUCUGCCGCGCACAUCAAGCGUUGCCAUCAUCCACCCACAGGACCUCCAGAAGGAGCUCUUCACCGACUCCGGCGCCGGGACCCUGAUCCGCCGCGGCAGUAAGCUUGCCACGGCUACCUCCCUUUCCGAUUUCAGCGAUCUCGCGAAGCUCAAGGAGGUCCUCGGGAGGGACCGCGAAGGUCCUGAUGCCGCAGAGUCGGUCGACACUUACAUCGAGUUCAUGAAGGAGAACUCCUUCAAGGCCUACUACGACGACCUCACGAGCGUCCUGGCAGUCACCCUGCCUGCAACUGAGCAGGGAGGCCCUGCCAAGCUCGUGACGCUUACAAUGACCGCCUCGGGCUUCUUCACCAACGUGGCCGACAACAUCAUGGCUGCUAUCAAGAAGGACUUCCCCAAGCUCGUGUGGACCGUCAGCGAGGACGACGAGAACCUGUCGUGGUUUUUCGACAAGGCAGACGGCAGCAUGUCCAAAAACGGCACAGUGCUCUUCUGGUCCGGCCUUGACGUUACCGAGAGCACCAAUGUCAUGCGGGACUUCGACACCAACGGGGCCGCGAUUCUUUACAACAGCUACAUGCAGCCGGGAGCUGCUGAAAAGCUGGCCACGUCGGGCGCAAGCAAGAGCCCGGUCGCCAAGCAGGCCAGGGGCUAUCACACGUUGGCGCGCCGGCCGGUUAUCACGGCAUCGCGCUUGAGCCAGAUGAACAGGGGACUGGGAAGGGCGUACUCAACGGCGGCAGCCAGCGAGGCUCGGAUGCCCAUGGGCUACCCCACUGGCCGCGGAUACGCCACCACUACAAACCCCAACCCUCCGCUUGGCAAGAAGAACGCUUCAAACAGCGCGACGGCCAAGGUUGCUCUGAUCGGCGCGCGAGGCUACACCGGACAGGCGCUCAUUACGCUCCUCAACUCGCACCCCCACAUGGAGCUGUCGCACGUCAGCUCUAGGGAGCUCGCCGGGCAGAAGCUCCAGGGCUACACCAAGAGCGACAUCACGUACGAGAACCUCAGCCCCGAGGACAUGACAGAGAUGGAGAAGCGGGGCGAGGUGGACUGCUGGGUGAUGGCGCUGCCCAACGGCGUGUGCCAGCCUUACGUGGAGGCCAUCUACAAGGGCCGCCAGGAGACGGCAAGCGCUAGCGUAAUUGUAGACCUGUCGGCCGACUACCGAUUUGAUGACAGGUGGACGUAUGGCCUGCCCGAGCUGACGUCGCGCGAGGCCAUCCGGAACGCGAAGCAGAUCUCCAACCCCGGCUGCUACGCUACCGGCGCGCAGCUCGCCAUCUCGCCGCUUCUGAAGCACCUGGGCGGUCAGGCGUGGAUCUCGGGCGUGUCGGGCUACUCGGGGGCGGGCACCAAGCCGUCGCGCAAGAACGACACGACGUUCCUAGAGGGCAACAUGCUGCCGUACAGCCUAACGGACCACAUGCACGAGCGUGAGAUCAGCAGGCGGCUGGGCACCGAGGUGGCCUUUGUGCCGCAUGUGGCUUCCUGGUUCUCGGGCAUCCAGCUCACCAUCGGCAUCCCGCUGCGCCACGAGAUGAACUCGCGCGACAUCAGGCACAUCUACCAGGACCGGUACGCGGGCGAGCGACUGGUCAAGAUCAUCGGCGAGGCACCUUUUGUCAAGGACAUUGCCAACAAGCACGGCGUCGAGAUUGGCGGCUUCCAGGUGCACUCGUCUGGUCGGCGCGUUGUCGUGUGCGCCACCAUCGACAACCUGCUUAAGGGGGCGGCGACCCAAUGCCUACAAAACAUGAACUUGUCGCUUGGGUAUGCCGAGUACGACGGUAUCCCUGUCAUGUGAUGAACGUAUGAACCCGUAUGAAGAUUUUUUACUCGACACGGCCUAGAGUACCUCGACGUACGCGUCUACGCAGUUCCCAUCAUUCUAUUAGAAGACGGCAGUAGAUCCAUUCCGGCGCAGGCAGAAUACCGGGGAGUCAAGGUGUUCAAAAACACCACAAAAAUCACGGAGGGCGUCGCUUUUGUUGUUCAAUAUUCUUAUUUUACCCUUUUUCUGGGAUAGGCCUGGGGAGGUUUUGGUAUAUAAGUAUAUUCUUGUGCUCCUGCGUUGCCUGCCCGCCGCGUUCCUGGCUUCUUCAUUGAUUAGUUCCUGGUGUCUGGUUUCGAUGCACGCCCAUUGGUUGCUUUCCCUCUUGGGGGACGAAUGUCAUAUCGGCAUGUUUGUAAAAUAGCGAGGCUCAUCAUACUUCUGAUUACGCAGUAUCUUUGGGAUGACCUUUUGGUGGCAAAAUGCCUCUCGGCGGUGACGCAGCGCAG